UUGUUCCUCUGGAGACUCGGGCCCCUUCUUUCAUCAACUUCCAAUUGUCAAACCAUCGUUGGAAUUGGAUCGCGACGGCCGGAUAGUCGCGACCUUUCUCGCCACGAUGGAUUUUCUUCAGCGCCUUGCGCGGUUCCUCGACCGCCCGCUGUUCCCGUGGAAGAAGCUGAUCAUCGGCUUCUCCGUCGGCCAGUACGUCUUUGAAGCGCUCCUUGGGUACCGGCAAUACAAGAUUCUGCAAAAGACAAAACCGCCCAAGGUGCUGGAACACGAGGUGUCGCAGGAGGUCUUCGACAAGAGUCAGGCCUACGGCCGCGCCAAGGCAAAAUUCACCGGCUUCAACGGUCUCUACGGACAGCUCCAGAACCUCGCGUUCUACCACUUCGACGUACUCCCGAAACUCUGGUCAUGGACAGGCGAUCUUCUUCUCCGCUUCGCGCCGAAGGGCUUCACUGGCGAGAUCUCGCACUCGAUCGUCUUCAUUCUGUCGUUUAUCAUCAUCAGUCAGGUCCUCUCGCUGCCGUCUAGCAUCUACAAUACGUUCGUUCUGGAAGAGAAAUUCGGUUUCAACAAGCAGACUCCUAAGCUGUUCGUCGUCGAUAUGAUCAAGACCAACCUUCUGGCUUUCGUCCUGGCUCCCCCCAUUCUCUCUGGUUUCCUCUCCAUCAUCAAGAAGACCGGUAGCCAGUUCUUCUACUACCUCUGGAUGUUUGGCGCUGGCCUGCAGGUUUUCAUGAUUACCAUCUACCCGAUCGUCAUUCUGCCGCUAUUCAACAAGCUCUCCCCCUUGGAGGAGGGCAAGCUGAAGACGGAUGUCGAGAACCUGGCCAAGAAGCUCAAGUUUCCGCUUCGGGAGCUGUACGUCAUUGACGGCAGCAAGCGCAGCGCUCACAGCAAUGCCUAUUUCUUUGGCCUACCCUGGAAGAAGCACAUUGUCAUCUACGACACCCUGAUUGAGAAGAGCGAGAACGACGAGGUUGUCGCCGUCCUGGCCCAUGAGCUCGGCCACUGGAGCUUGGGCCAUACCACCAAGCUAUUCGGCAUCUCUCAGGCGCACUUCUUCUACAUCUUCGCUCUCUUCUCGGUCUUUGUCAACAACAACUCUCUCUACUCCGACUUUGGCUUCACCAACCAGCACCCCAUUAUUGUCGGAUUCCUCCUCUUCUCGGACAUUCUCGGCCCCCUGGACAACGUCAUCAAGCUGCUUAUGAACAUCUUGAGCCGCCGCUUCGAGUUCGAGGCUGACGCUUUUGCCAACGGCCUCGGGUACAACACGGAGCUGGCUCGCUCGCUGAUCAAGCUUCAGAUCCAGAACCUGAGCACCAUGGAUGCCGACUGGAUGUUUGCCAGCUACCACUUUUCGCACCCCAUCUUGUCGGAACGCUUGAAGGCGCUGAACUGGCAACCCACCGAGAAGGUGGAAGUGAAGGGCGGUGAUAAGGAGGAGGGCAAGGAGGAUACUGCGACUGCGACUGGCAGAGAUGAGCUGUAGACGGGCGGGCUGUAUGUUUUUGUCUGUAGUCUAAACUAGACCAACGAGAAUGUCGAACAAUAUUUUAUUCAG